AUGUCCUCGGCGUGGACGUCCGCGCUCAGGGCGAACGCGCGCGCGCAGCGCGGACGCGAGGCGAACACGAUGACGCUGACGUCGACGUCUUCGCGGAUUCGCGUCGUUCGUCACGCGUACGAGCGCACGGCGUCAACCUUGGGCGGCGACGACGCGUUCUCGAGUCGUACGCGAGACGUUUUCGACGCGCGAGAGGCGCUGCGUCGAGCGGAUGAGGCGAGGGUGCUCGCGAGCGAGAUCGCGGGCAUCGCGGCGGGCGCGGGGACGCCUGGCGUCGCGCGCACGGUGAGCGCGUUGGAGUCUCUGACGCGAUUGGCGGUGGAUAGUGCGCGGAAUUUCGAUGCGAGUAAACCGCCGAGCGGGCCGGAGGUGAUUCGAAGGACGUUCGAGGCGUUGGGGGCGACGUACGUGAAGCUCGGUCAGUUCAUCGCGAGCGCCCCGAGCGUGUUCCCGAAGGAGUACGUGGACGAGUUUCAAAAGUGUCUCGACGCCACGGAGCCAACGGAUUUCGAGACAGUGAAGCGAACGAUCGAGCGAGAUUUGGGGCGAUCGAUCGACGACGUAUUCGCGACGAUCGAUCGCGAGCCGCUGGCGAGCGCGAGCGUUGCGCAGGUACAUCGAGCGACGCUUCUGGGGAGCAACAAGGAGGUUGUGGUGAAGGUUUUGAAGCCCAACGUCGAAGACACGCUCAAGGCCGAUCUCAGCUUCGUGCUCAUCGUCAGCAAGGUGUUGCAGUUCUUGAAUCCGGAGCUAUCAAGGACGUCUUUGGUGGAUAUUGUCGGCGACAUUCGAGAGUCCAUGCUCGAGGAGACAGAUUUUAGGAAGGAGGCGGCCAACGUGGCGGCGUUUCGCCGCUACCUCGAGGACGCCGGGCUAACGGAUAUCGCCAAGGCGCCGUACGUGUACGAUCAAUUUAGCAACAAGCGGGUGAUGGUGAUGGAGUACUUCUCCGGCGUCCCGCUCACCGAUUUAGAAGCCAUUCGCUCUGUGACUACGAGAGAUCCGGAGCAAACUCUCGUGAACGCGCUGAACGUUUGGUUCGGCAGCGUACUCGCGGCCGAGAGCUUCCACGCUGACGUUCACGCCGGAAACUUGAUCGUGUGCGAGGACGGUCGCGUCGGUUUCAUCGAUUUCGGCAUCGUUGGCCGAAUCUCGCCAUCCAUCUGGGGCGCGGUGCAGGCGUUCUUCCAGUCCACCGCCGCGCGUGAUUACCGUCGCAUGGCGCUCGCGCUCGUCACCAUGGGCGCCACUGAUGGUGACGUUGAUAUCGAUAAAUUCGCAGCCGAUUUACGCCGAGUGUACAAGACUUUGGACUCGAUCGAACCGUCCGUCAUCGUCGAGCAAGACGACUACACCGGCGCCCAACGCGCCGCGGUCGCCGUCGAUCAGCAGCAAGUCACCGAGCUCGCCGCCGAUCUCAUUCGCGCCGCCGAGGAUAACAAGAUUAAACUCCCGCGCGCGUUCGGCGUCCUCAUCAAGCAGCUCAUUUACUUUGAUCGUUAUGUCCAGCUCUUGGCGCCCGACUUGGAAGUCAUCGACGACGACCGCGUCGCCUUCGUCGACGCCGUCGCGGUCGAAGUCAAGCCCAAGCGAAUCGAAUGA